AUGAGCGCAUCAGACGCUUUCAAGGCAAAAGGCAAUGCGGCGUUCUCUGCUGGCAAACAUGAGGAGGCGAUCGAGCACUUUACCGAAGGCAUCAGAGUGGAUCCGGGCAAUCACGUUGUGGAGCUCAAACCAGACUGGCCAAAGGGAUACUCACGUGUGGGGGCAGCGGCAUUGGGUGCCCGGGAAUAUGACACAGCCAUUGCAGCAUAUGAGAAGGGCUUGGAGGUGGACCCCUCGAACGAGCAGUUCAAGCAGGGGCUGGAGGACGCGAGGGAUGGGAAGGAGGGCGGGGCACCGGGGGGACCGGGGGGUCUCUUUGGGCCGGAGUUCCUGGGCCGGCUGGCGACCUCGCCACAGACGCGGCACCUGCUGAACGAGCCGGAUUUCCUGCAGAUGCUGCAGGACCUGGGGCGCAACCCCAACAACAUGAACAAGUAUUUGGGCGAUGAGCGCUUCCAGACAGCGCUGUCGGUGGGGCUGGGCAUGAACAUAAUGGGCGGCGACCAGUUCAGGCAGCAGCAGCAGAGCAACGGUGCCGGCGGCGCCUCGGCGUCCGAGCCCAAGUCCUCCCCUGCGCAGCCCGAGAAGCCAAAACAGCCGGAGCCGGAGCCAGAAGCACAAGAUGAGCCGAUGGAUGAAGAGGAGGCGGCAGCGCGCGAGCGCAAGGCGGCAGCACAAAAAGAGAAGGAGGCGGGGAACGCCGCGUACAAGGCACGGAAAUUCGAGGAUGCCGUCGCGCAUUAUGACAAGGCCAUUGAGCUGGACGAGACCGACAUCUCCUUCCUCACCAACAGGGCGGCGGUGUACUUCGAGAUGGGCGAGUACGAAAAGUGCGCGGCCGACUGCGACACGGCCGUUGAAAAGCAGGGCACCCGAGUAAUCAAAAUCCACUACUUUAAGGCAGAGACCGGCGACUUGGAGAGGAAGAGAGCCGAUAGGCGAUCAAGCAAGAUUCGAGGCAUCAUUGGUGGUCAGCAGGCUCGCCUCGAAGACAAUGGGACGACUUCGACCGCCAUCUUUGCAACGAGACACCUCAAUCAGAAAGUCAGCUUCAGCAAGAGCGCCAGCAGAUUGCUGGCAGCAGUGCCCAACCUGAACAGGACAGUGAUGGCAGCCUCGUAUCUCCAGGCCAGUGGACUUCAGGCAGGCCAGACAGCCCAAGGACAGGCGCAGAGGGGCGCCACAGCUGCAGCAGGCGGCAUGCAGGGUCCCGCAGCCCCAGAGGCAGAAGCUGCAGGACCUUCGCAAGCGCCACAGCCAGGGAUCAGCCGCAGGCAGCUCAGCGCUCAGGGAGCCGAGCAGGACAUCGUCCAACGGUGGCUUGCGUUCAGCCUCAAGGCCUCAUCCACCGUUGCAGAGCUGAAGCGGUUCCUGCUUGACAGAGGCCAGCGGCCAGUGAUCUUCACCAGAAGCGCGCUGCUCGCCAGGGUGGAAGGGCUGCUUAGAUUUGAGCAUCCAGAAGGUGGACUGGAGCCGAGUGCGGCGGCGGUUGAAGAGAUCACAGCCGCUGUUGAGGCCGCAGCCCAACCGGCACGGCAAAGACCAGCAAGGCAGAAGGCGCCGAAGAAGUCACAGCUUCAGAUGGAAGCGGCCAAGUCCAUUGUUAACAAGGGAGUGAGCAGCGGCCUGCCCGUGGUCAAACUCAAGCAGAUUGACGAGUUGCUCUGGACCUUCGACAAGUGCCACUACCUGCCGCAGUUGGGGGAGAGCACUCCCUCGAUUGGUGUCGCUCUCUGGGCCGUCACAAGCACGCUGCACCGCGACGGGGAGUUCCCAGCACGCAACUUGUCCCAGUUGGGUCGUGCUGCCAAGGCUCCUGUUGGUUUGGUGCGCGCUGUGCAGCCAGGCAGCGAUGGCACCCAGCUGCAUAUGGAGAUAUGGUUCCUCGAGGCGCGCGUGCAGACAGAUAGCCAGGGGGAGCCCGAGGCAGCGGUGGCAGGGGAAGGCGGUGGGGCACGCGCAGAUGUGGAGGGACGGGGUGCAGGAGAGGCAGCCACCGGUGGGGGCGUGCAGGAAGGGCAUGGGCGGGGUCGGGGCAGGAAGCGUGGCCGCCGCGGCACAGGCGGGGCGCGUGGCAGCAAUCGGCCCAGAAGGGGCAGCCGAGGCAGGCUCAGGCGCCCAACCGCCAGAGCCGCAGAGUUUUGGGGUCCCCCCACUGAGGGCGACGAAGACGAGGUUGGGAACCUCUUCUCUGAGUCAGAUGCGGAUGACCAGCCAGCGCAGCAGCACAGUGACCCAGCAGAGCCAGAAGGGCAGGCAGAGGGUGUCCUGCCUGAGGCCAGCGAAGUGCCGCCGCAGCCCACAGCUUGUGCGAGCUGGUCAUGUACAGGUGAGAUCUCAGGAAAGCAAGAGUAUGAUCCAAGUGUAGAAGUGCUGUAG